UUCUUGCAAAAAACAACACACUAAAGCCAGGAUUUCAUGCAUGUCUCAGCGGAAACAGUCCAACAUAAGUUUGAAAAGAACCCAGAAAAUCAUAAGUAGGGAUAGAGUAAUGUAGCAGAAUCCAGGGAGAGAAGCAAUAAUUGUAGUAUAAUCCAAUAAAUAAUCGAAAAGCAGCACCACACCCACUGAACGAAAAUGAAAGCAAACACUAAAGCACUUUUCCAACGCUCUCACGAUUAACUUAUCAGCUUAAAUAAAUCAAGAAUUGCAAAAGCACUGUUAUUGUUACCUACCCAUAAUCAUUUCAAGCCACAUAAUCAUACUUUCUGGGCCUAAAAAUCCAUUCUUUAAAUUAAAUAUCUCAAUAAAACUAUGAAUUCUUUAUACACACAGCUUGGACGUUCCCACCCAUAAUUAUGAGGCUUUUUCCAAUUAAGUCCCACCACGCUCUCAUUGUAUAAAUGUCAAGAGCCCUUCUUCGCUUUCUGCCUAAGAUCAGAAGCAAAAAAAUGGGCGCGCUUGACUAUCUCUCAAACUUUUGCACUGUCACCAGCACAAGGGGCAGAAGGAAACCAAUGCAGGUACUCAUUAUACACACCAACACCUCUCACUGUACAGUUGAGAUCAGAGUGAAAAUGGACUGUGAUGGAUGUGAGAGAAGGGUCAAGAAUGCUGUUAAAAACAUGAAAGGAGUGCGGACGGUGGAAGUUAACAGAAAGCAACACCGUGUAACGGUGAGUGGCUUUGUGGAUCCAAAUAAGGUCCUAAAGAGAGUGAAGAACACUGGGAAAAGAGCUGAGUUUUGGCCUUACAUCCCGUACAAUCUAGUACAGUAUCCGUAUGUAGCUCAAGUCUAUGACAAGAGGGCUCCGGCUGGUUUUGUAAGAAACGCCACUCAGGCCGUUCCCAUGCCUAAUGCAACCGAUGAAAGAAUCACGUAUCUGUUCAGUGACGACAACCCCAACGCUUGUUCUAUUAUGUGAAAAAGUGAACUCGGAAAUUGCUGCCCAGGUUAUUAUUGUUGACAGCAAGGAAAGCUUUUCAUCAGAGAGUUGUGUUUUUCAUUACAGUAAGGUAUUGAGACAAUCAGUGCAUGCAUGUAUUUGAGGCAUAUGAAGACAUAUAAAAGUCAGGACAACUGCUUGUUGUUGUGUCUGUUUUUCUCAACUUGUUUCUCCGGCUAUACUUGUUGCAAACUAAUUUCCAUUUAUUAUGGAAAAUGCGCUUCUUUCUAA